AAUUUCUACUUUUAUUUAUUAUCUAUGGUUUGCCGCCGUGCCCGUACCGUACUAUAAUUUUUGUGAAUUGUAUUUUUGUAGGAAAUUCAGUUGUUGUUUCUAUAGCAAUGGCAGAUUCUACCGUAACAGAUGUCACUAAAAUGAAAGUGGUCGAUUUGCGCAAGGAACUAAAGUCCCGCGGACUUUCAUAUACGGGGGAUAAAGCGGAGUUAGUAGCUCGACUUCAAGCUGCAAUGUCUCAAGAUGAACACGGUGACAUUAAUUUGGAUUCUGAUGAAAUUGACUCUGAUGGUGUUCUAGAGGAUGAAGAUGAUAAAAGCCAAGGUGAUAUACUCGAUGACAAUGCUGUAGAUACGUUGAAUGAAGAGUUAGCGCUUUCUGAACAGCCAUCUCCCGUAAAAACCACGCCAGAAGCUAAACCGCCUCGAACCCUCAAAAGGAGAAUAACCUCAACAGAAAUAUCUAAAGAGAAAACUGAAGAUAAUAAAUCAACAGAAAGUAAAGAGUCUGCCUCUAAAAAGAUUGUGUUAAACAGAGCUAUAUCUAUAACAUCUACUUCUGAAAAGUCUGUUGAAGACAAAGAUGCAGCAGAGGCCGAGAUAAAUCCCACAAGUAAUAAAAUUAAAAUUACGGCAGAUUUAGAUACUAAAACACGCUUGGAAAUGAGGGCAAAACGAUUUGGUUUACCAGUUAAAAUGAGUGAAGAUGAGAGGAAAGAAGCCCGUAAACAAAGAUUUGGUCAAACUGUAUCAGCUAAGAGUACAGCCAUCUCAAACUCUGGCACAUCUGUGAAUUUAGAAAAGUUCAAGAAAAGAGCUGAAAGGUUUGGACAGUCAGUCUCAAAAAUUAUGACUGAUAUAGAAAACCAAGAAAAAUUGGCUAAACGGAAAGCUAAAUUUGGAGGAUCAGCAUAAAAAUGAAAGUGACACAGCUAUUGUAAUUACUAACAUAAAAAGCUGAUGGUUCUAUUGUGUACUUGCUGCAGAAAUUGACGUUUGAUGACCAAAAUGUUAAUGAAAUUAAUAGGUACCUACUUAGUAUAAUUUUGUUUUUUUUUUUUCAAAUAAAAGUUGAUAGUAAAGGUGCUAUCAGACGGUUCAUUCAAAUGAAUAUUCAUUCACACUUGUGAAUGUUUCAUUUAUCUUUCAUCCCAUGUUCAGACGACUUUAGUGGAAUGAAAAGAAAAGGACAUUCAUCUGUUCUUUUCUAAAACAUAUCAUCAGGUGAUGUUAUACAUCUUAAAAUCAGUUUCAUUUAUGAUCAUUUAAUUUAACCAAAUCAGAGUAAACAUUCAAUGUGUCUCUCUGUGUGAAUGAUGCUGAAUGAUCUCAAGAGUGGGAGUGAAUGAUGCUGAAUGCCACAAUACAACAAUCCACAGUGGAUCAGUUUACUAAUGAAUUAAUUCUGCACUUUUGUUUCAUUUUGAGUGAAAGAAGCUGAAUGAAAGGUAAAAAUGAACUGUCUGAUAUUACCUUUAGUGACAAUGUGAAAAUGUUAAAGUAAUUUACUGACAUACAUUAGUCAAUUAAGAUUAUAUUUAAGGUUAACAUUUAGCUGUAAUUGUUUACUCUAAGGGUGAAUAAAAUUUGAUUAAAAUUA